AUGUAUCCCUCAAUAGCAACUCGUCCAGACAUAAGUUUUGCAGUCAAUAAAGGUGCUCGAGCUAUGAGAAAACCAACUGCUUCAGACUGGAACCGAGUUAAACACAUAUUUCGGUAUCUGAAAGGUACAUUAAAUUACAGCAUUAGCUAUGAUAGAGAAGAAAAUCUGAGAAUUUACAGUGAUGCUGAAUUUGCUGGAGACAAACAGACAAGACGUUCAACAACUGGUAUUGUGGCAAAAUACCAUGGAUGGGCAAUAUCAAGGACAAGUCAGUCACAGAAGGUAGGGGCUACAUCUACAACUAAAGCAGAAAUCAUUUCAGCAAGUGAAGGAGCCCAAGAAUCAAUUUGGUUACGUCGUUUACUAAGUGACUUGGUUGAAAUGCUGGAACAACAUCGAACACUUUAUAUUGACAAUGUCAGUGCAUUAAAAUUGGACUUUUUAUUUAUCCUUUUGGAAGCAGUGUUGCAAAAAAGGAAAAAUGUUUUUAACGUUCAAUCUAGUAUUCCUGGGUAUUUUCAUGAACCUACAGGACUCAUCAAAGACGCAAAACAACUUACUCAGUGCAUAUUAGAAAAUAAUUUGGAAGAAUCAGUACAGCUUCUGCCAACAGAAGUUUCUCAAAGUUAA